CACUUGCUAAAAUCAACAUCAAUAGAUGCUGCGAGAUAUACAGAAGCGAAGAACUGCUCGACAAAACAACAAGGACAAUGCCCCGGCAGGAUCAGGUCGAGGGCUUGCAGAUCUUGGCCUAGGGCUUGCGGGAACACUUGGUGAUGCCCUCGCAGGCGAUGAUUCACCAGCGACUUGUUUUAUUUGCAACGAGCGGCUUUUUGGAUCCCUGGAUGACAUCAACGCACACAUUGACGCCUGCCUGACGAACCCACAGCCAGCGCGGCACGGAAGUAGCACCGGACAAAAUUCUUCAGGAGCUAACACGCCUGUUUCUGGGGGUGCAUCGGGAAGGAGCUCCAUCGCAACAACACCUAUUAGCAGAGUGACGGAUUCGUUCGAGGAGUACACAUGGGCAGGUCAGACAAGAGUUCGGGCGACAGCCUUGUUUGAGGGCGGAAUGGGAUCGCUGGGCUCGGGAUCCCGGUCUGUCCAGGAGGAUAUUGACGAUGACUUGAAUGUGGAGGACGAUGAAGAGGACGAGUAUGGAGGGGUACAGUUCACAGAAAGGGAUGUUGUGAUGAACGAUGCAGAUUCGGAUGUGGAUGAACUGAGGGAGAUCGUACUAGAGUCGAGUCAUGUUGUACAGAGAGCACCACCGUUAUCCGCCAACAGUAGCGGUAGCGGGGGCAGCACUAGGGAACAGCCGAAUUCAGGGACAUGGACCGGAGUGGAUGAAAGUGCAAAUACGAAAGGCGUGGAUGGGGAGCAAGUUGAUGAAGACGAAGAGAUCGAUCUGGAGGAAGUUGACGAGGCAGAGGACGAGGCAUUCAGGAUUAACGCGAUGAUCAGCUCGGCAUUCGCGUCAGGGGACACUAAGCUGGUAAUCGACGCCCUGAGAUCCAAGAUCAAGCAUCUAGAGUCUGCAAACAAGAAUGUGCCGACGUGUUUGAUCUGUCUGGAGCCGUAUACGGCUCCGUUGACAUCGAUCGUGUGCUGGCAUGUGCACUGCGAGGCAUGUUGGAUGCAGACACUGGGCAGCAAAAAGCUGUGUCCCCAAUGCCAAAAGAUUACUCUCCCCAAGGAUCUACGCCGGAUAUACCUCUAAGAUCAACUGGCAUAUGCACGAUACUAUGGUGCUAUCCGUGACAUGGCCUCUGUCAGGUGUGCUUCAUGCUCUUCCGGAGCACUAUCACCAGUUAAGAGUUUAAUGCAAUGCCAAUCCUUUAGAUUGGAGAAAUUAGAGAUAGGUUUAUACUCUACCAUAAAGAAAAAAAAGCGGGAGAGAAUUGAUGCACUCCACCCAUAGCGCUGCCAGAGUGAGGAUCCUUCCGUUCUUGCUGAAAAACAGCAAACCCAUG